AUGAGCGGCUCACACUUUUCAUCCUCUGGGCGAGGCGGCGCUGGUAACAUGGUGGACAGCGCCAAGUCUCCAAAGAUUGAACCCAAGGAUCUGGAGACACCUACUUUGAAGACGCCUGUUGUCACUACAGGACGCGGUGGUUCUGGCAACAUGGCUAAGAAUACCGAUCCCCUUGAGACCCGAUUGCGACAGGAUCUAGAGCCUGUCCAGCGACGACCAAGCGGAGGAGCGACCCACAUCGGCCGUGGCGGUACUGGCAACGUCUUCAAGGCGGGCUCAGAGGACGCCGAGAAGGCGAAGCAUGCCCAACAACAUGAUCACAAUGCCGUCGCCGAGGACAAGGAGGAGGGCCUCGCAGCCAAGGGCAGGAACUUCCUGUUUGGCAAAAAGCAGCACUAA